AUGGAGUCCGUGGACCUGAGCACAGGCCUUGUGUGGGUCUGUACGUUCCUCCUGUCUCUCCUCUGUCUCCGGACAUGGGUGGGACGCCGCAGACGUCCCGACAAGUUUCCCCCCAGCCCCCCCGGGCUGCCGUUCCUGGGGAACCUGCUGUCCCUGAGCCCACGGGAGCCCCACCUGCAGCUGACGGCGUGGCGGCGCCGGUACGGAGACGUGUUCAGCCUGCGGAUGGGUCCGCAGGACGUGGUGGUUGUGAACGGGUGCGCCGCCGUCAGGGAGGCCCUGGUCAUGAAGGGGGCCCACAUCUCGGACAGACCCGCUCUGUUCAUCACCGAUGCCUUCGACUGUAGGGAAGAAGGCGUGACCUUAGGAAAAUACGGCAAGAAAUGGAAGUAUUUACGGCGCUUUGGUCUGUCUGCUCUUCGUCACUUCGGUGUUGGCAAGGAGAAAAUGCAACCAAUCAUCCGACGUGAAUGUAGGGUACUUGUUUCAUGUUUUAAGGACCAGGAGGGGAGACCUUUCGAAGUCAGCCGCUUCAUCCAGACCGCUGUCUGUAACGUCAUCGCCUCUAUCGUGCUCGGCAGACGGUUCGAACCCGACGACCCAAAUUUCAAAGAGGAGAUUGAGCGAGUCGAUCGCACCUUCCAGCUAUUCCUGGACGCCCAGCCGCUAAAUUUUUACCCAGCAUUGAGGCACGUCCCCGGCUUUCGCGGCAUGUUAAAGGAAUGGGAGAAAAUCUACCACAAGUCGCAUCAGUGGUUUGGCAAGUUUGUUGCGGACCACAAGGAGACUUUCGAUCCAACAAACAUACGGGAUCUCAUCGACAUGUGCCUGCUGGAGAUCGAGCAGAAGAGUGGAAGGGAGAUGUCUGUGACGGAGGUGACCAUACCUCACAUUACGAAGGAGCUCUUCGACGCAGGUACGGAAACGACGGCGACGACCCUCGGCUGGGCACUGCUGUACCUCGCGCUGAACCCAGACUGGCAGCGGAAAGUCCAAGACGAGCUGGAUGCCAUAGUCGGAAGCGACGAAAUCCCGGCGUACUCCAGACGCGAGGAGCUUCCCUACACAGAAGCGACCAUCCUGGAGAGCCUGCGCAUCCGCACUACGGUUCCCCUGGCCCUGCCCCACAGCACCUCGUCCCCGACCAGCCUGCAGGGGUACGACAUCCCCGCGCACACCCAGGUGUGGGUGAACCUGUGGUCCGUCCACAUGGACCCCGCCUACUGGCCCCACCCGGACACGUUCGACCCCGGCAGGUUCCUGGACGGCAGCGGGAGGGUCAAGGUCCCGGAGGCCUUUAUGCCGUUCUCCACAGGAAGAAGAAUUUGCCUGGGCGAGCAGCUGGCCAAGAUGGAACUUUUCCUGUUCCUCACGUCCCUGCUGCAGCAGUUCACCUUCAAACUGCCAGAGGGCGCGCCUGAGCCAGAUCUGUCUGGGGUGAUGGGAGCCACUCUCCUGCCCGGGCCGUACAAGAUACAGGCCAUUUCUCGCAAGAAGUAGAAGGAAUGAGAUGCAUC